AUGAUGUUUUCAUCUCCAUCUCGACAGAGCCGUCUCGCCUAUGUUUAUCUUCCAUCUUUUUUUCACCCUCCUGAUUAUUCUGGAUCACGUCUUAAGCUCGGCGGCGUCUCUCCUCUUCUAGGCGAAGAAGCAAACCCUUUACCUCCUCCUCCUCCUCCUCCUCCUCCUCCUCCUCCUCCUCCUCCUCCUCUUCCUCCUCCUCCUACAGAUCCUCGUCUUACUUCUCGUCUUACACUCCUUCCAACGUCUAUCCUUCUCUUCCAUUAUUGUCAACGCCUUCAAGACGACAAAAUCAGCCAUGACUUCAUGGACAGUAGCAGCGAGAGGCGACUGGAAAUCAGGACGAUGGGAGAGAGAUGA